CCGGGAGCCGGGCCGGGCCGCCAUCAUGCUGAGCCGGCUCGGGGCGCUGCUGCAGGAGGCCGUGGGGGCGCGGGAGCCCAGCAUUGACCUGUUGCAGGCCUUCGUGGAGCACUGGAAAGGCAUCACACAUUACUACCUCGAAAGCACAGAUGAGAGCACCCCAGCCAAGAAAACGGACAUUCCCUGGCGGUUGAAGCAGAUGCUGGACAUCCUGGUGUAUGAGGAGCAGCAGCAGGCGGCCGCAGGCGAGGCAGGGCCCUGUCUGGAGUACCUGCUGCAGCACAGGAUCCUGGAGACACUGUGCACUCUGGGCAAGGCCGAGUACCCACCCGGCAUGCGGCAGCAGGUGUUCCAGUUCUUCAGCAAAGUGCUGGCCCAGGUGCAGCACCCCCUGCUGCACUACCUCAGCGUCCACAGGCCUGUACAGAAACUUCUCCGACUUGGCGGGACAGUUCCCGGGUCCCUGACAGAAAAGGAGGAGGUGCAGUUCACCACUGUCCUCUGCUCCAAGAUCCAGCAGGACCCAGCCUUGCUCACCUACAUCCUGGAAGGUAAAAAGACUGUAGAUAGGAAGAAGGCAUCUGAAGAUUUCCCUUCCCUGCCGAGGAGGGACACAGCCAGCCACAGGGACAAGGACCAUUUCCACAGCAGUGCUUCUGCCAAGGGUCCCCAGCUGGAUGGGAAACCCUGCGGGGCCCAGGUCUCAGAUAGCCACCUGCCUGCUGAGACUGAGGAGCCAGAUGGUGGGAUAGGAGAGAGCAACCUGGUCACCUCCCUGCUUGGGCUGUGCAAGAGCAAGAAGAGCCGAGUGGCACUGAAGGCCCAGGAGAACCUGCUGCUCCUGGUGAGUGUGGCUUCCCCGGCAGCUACCGCCUACCUGGUGCAGAGCAGCUCUUGCUGCCCUGCCGUCACCGAGCACCUGUGCCAGCUGUACCAGUCCCUGCCUGCCUUCCUGGACCCUGCAGACAUUGCUGCCUUGGAGGGUAUCAGCUGGAGGUUGCCCAGUGCCCCAUCUGAUGAAGCUUCCUUCCCUGGCAAGGAUGCCUUGGCUGCCUUCCUGGGCUGGUUUGAUUACUGUGACCACCUUAUUUCAGAGGCACACUCGGUGGUUGCAGAUGCCUUGGCAAAGGCUGUGGCUGAGAAGCUGUUUGUGGAGACUUUACAACCCCAGCUCCUGCACGUGUCUGAGCGGAACAUCCUAACCUCCACCGCCCUCUUCACGGCCAUGCUGCGCCAGCUUCGCUCCCCUGCUCUGCUGAGAGAGGCCGUGGCUUUCCUCCUGGGCACAGACCAGCAGCCUGAAGGCCCUGAGGACAGCCCCCGCACCCUGUGUGCCCACCUCAUUGGGCACUGUGACCACCUCUCUGAUGAGAUCAGCAUCGCCACACUGAGGCUGUUCGAGGAGCUGCUCCAGAAGCCCCAUGAGUGGAUCAUCCGCAGCCUGAUCCUGUGCCACCUUGAGGGCCGCCCCUAUGUGGCCCGGGGCUCACCCGAGCCUGAGAGCUAUGAGGAUACCCUAGACCUGGAAGAAGACCCCUACUUCACAGACGGCUUCCCCAGCUCCGGCUUUCAGCCCUCCACAAAGCCUCGCCCAGCUCCUGCCACCAAUGCAGAUGGGAAAACAGCAGUGACCGAGAUCGUCAACAGCUUCCUCUGCCUGGUCCCUGAGGAAGCCAGAACCUCUGCUCUCCUGGAGGACACAGGCUAUGACACAUACGUCCACGAUGCCUAUGGCCUGUUCCAAGAGUGCAGUUCCCGCGUUGCCCUCUGGGGCUGGCCUCCUGGUCCCACACCCUUGGAUCCCCAUGAGCCUGAAAGGCCUUUCUUCGAGGGCCGCUUCCUCCGUAUGCUGUUUGAUCACAUGUCCCGGAUUUUGGAUCAGGUAGCCAACAGGCCUGGGCCCAGCCUGCUGCCCAUGGAGUCCUUCGGGAGAGCAGAGGUUGACCACAGGGUCGACCCCUCCUCAGUUCUCCAGCUCCAUACGGGCCCCCACCCCACUUCCCCAGCCGGGAAGCCCCAUCUCGGCUCUGCCCCACACGCCCUAACACGUUCUGGCCCUCAGCCCUGUGGAAUCCAUGACACACACACAUCACGUGAGUCUCCCACCCCCACACACGUUCACACUGGCCAGGCGCCUUUCUGGGGGAGUGCAAAAAUGCUCCCCACCCCCUGCCAACCCUCAGCUUUGUCCAUCGUGUUCCCUACAGCCAUACAGCCUGAACCUGCAGGUGACCUCAGUCCUGUCUCGGCUCGCCCUCUUCCCCCACCCCCACAUCCACGAGUACCUCCUGGAUCCCUACAUCAGCCUGGCCCCCGGCUGCAGGAGCCUGUUCUCUGUGCUUGUCAGGGUGAUCGGGGACUUGAUGCAGAGAAUUCAGAGGGUCCCGCAGUUCCCCGGCAAACUGCUUCUGGUGCGCAAGCAGCUGAUGGGCCAGGUCCCUGGGGAGCAGCUGGACCACCAGACUCUCCUCCAGGGCGUGGUAGUACUUGAGGAAUUCUGCAAGGAGCUCGCCGCCAUUGCUUUCGUCAAGUUUCCCCCACGAGGUCCCCACCUGAACCUCUCCCCACCCCCAGAAGGGCAAGUCUGAGCCAGGAGCAGGACAGUGGGAGACUCCUGUCCACACCUCUGCCCUAGAGCUGCCUCCUGCCUGGAACUGCUGCCACACCCUCCUCCCUGGUGGGGGCUUGCACUCUUAGGCUCAGUCAAGGAGACCAUGAAUUGUCGACCAUACUGAACUGGGUUUCAGGGAGGGGGCCUCCAAGUUCCCAGGUGCCCAGGAGCCAAAGAGAUGGCUCCCCAGGCAGCAUGGUAUCCCUGAGGACUUCUCGGAGGAGCUGGGUGGCGGCCAAGUGAGCACCCAGACCCUCACAUGCUGUGUGCCUGUGCUGCUCAGUACUGGCCGUUGUGGCCAGGGCCAAGACCUGUGACUCAAUUCCAGGGCAAGACAGGGAGUGAGCUGUUGACUCCAAGGUAGACCAGGACCCAGGCCAGAGAGAUGGGGCCAGGAGCCCUGUCACAUUAGGAACCAUGAAAGCAGCUCAGUGAGACUUCACAUUUUUUCCCUGCCUUCUUGACUUAACCCAUGAAGAAGGGACAGUGAAGGGGACACUCAGACCCCUCUGCCUGUUCUGCCUGCUGGAGAUUGUUACAAAAUUCCCAACACCUCAUGGCAAGUGCCCCAAAGUUGUUCCGCGCCCAGGCGGGGGCAGCUGUUAAUGAGAACCUUGCUGCAGCUGAGGCCAGGGCGGGAGUGGGCCAGGGAGCUGGGUGCCAGGCUACGGCUCCAGCCGGUUUCUCUCUGGCGCCUUCUGAACCCGUCUCGGCAGGUCCACAACACCUGGGCAGAGAGGUCAGAGACCCGGGAGGCCAGGCUUUGCCCUCUACAUUCUGCCCAGCAGCCUGUGUUCUCGGUGGCAUGCCCUUCAAGGGGAACAAGGGAGCUUGGGGUCCUUAUAAGGACAAGCUGCCCCUGACUCCAAGCCCUAAGGCCUGGUGGGGAGGAGCCAAGGCUCAGACAGCCAGUUCUGGUGUUGUUCUCCCUGCAUGCCCUCUGUGGCAGGGGCUGCUACCCCACCCGGCCCAAAUCUGUCUCGACCUGCAGGAAUAUACGGGCAGCGCCAGGCAUUACCUCACAGCGCGACUGCAGUUGCUGGCUUCGCUCCUGGGCAAGGAGGAGCAGGCCAGAGCCCCUUUCGCUUCCUUUUCCUGCCCAUGCGGCUUCUAGAAGCCGGGCACAGUUUGCCAAGAGGUGACAUGAAAGAGGAGGAAACUCCAUGACCUCUGCCUCUCCCGCAUUCCUCCCAGCAGGGGAGGACUCAGCUGCUGUUCUGAAGAACACCGUGUGUGCACGCACAAGGGUGUUGGUCUGGACAGGGAGCAGAUCUCAGUGGGUGAAUUGAGUCUGGACUCUUAGAUUCUGACAAUGUUCGAGGGUCUAGAAGUGACAGACCUUCCCCUCUCCUCAGUGCACUUUGGUGUUUGCACGGCAUCUUCCCCGGACAGCACAGCAAUAAAUGGUGUGAUUGUGUGGA